CAGACUAUAUAAAGAUGCCCCUUGAGAGCGUGCUUCCUUUGGGCGGUUGUCUGUGCUGCGGUUCCUUCUUUGUUUCCUGACUCACCGCUGUUCCCUGGGCCUCUGGUGCUCACUUCGGCCGGGAUUAAGUCGGUCAGGAAGGUUUCGCGGCAACUAUGGCAUUUAAAGAUACUGGGAAGGCACCUGUGGAACAAGAAGUAGCAAUUCAUCGAAUCAGAAUUACUUUGACAAGUCGCAAUGUGAAGUCUCUUGAAAAGGUUUGUGCAGAUCUCAUCAGAGGUGCUAAAGAAAAAAAUCUAAAAGUGAAAGGGCCUGUUCGCAUGCCUACUAAGACUCUGCGAAUCACUACAAGAAAAACACCAUGUGGUGAAGGUUCCAAAACUUGGGAUCGUUUCCAAAUGCGUAUACAUAAGCGCCUCAUUGAUUUACACAGUCCUUCAGAGAUUGUCAAACAGAUAACUUCUAUCAGCAUUGAACCUGGAGUUGAAGUUGAAGUUACUAUUGCUGAUGCUUAAAUGAUUGUUACAUGUAUCAAUAAAAGCUGUUAAGUUUUUAUCAUUA